AUGGCAGAGCACUUAAGUAAGGGGUACAUAGAGGAAUUACGUGAUUUAGAUGAACCUUGGCCCGAGGAGGGAUGUCAUUACUUGCCCCAUUUUUUCGUCCUCAAAGAUUCUGAAACUACACCUCUCAGGAUAGUUUUCGCAGCGAACGCAGGUAAAGUCAGUCUAAAUGACUGUCUUUACACUGGCCCGUGUCUUCUCAAUAAUCUGCUCGAACUUCUCGUCAGAUUUCGUUUCCCGCAGUAUGCAUUUGUGGCUGAUAUUCAACGCGCCUUUCUUAAUAUCAAACUCAAGGAGGAAGAUAGGCCCUUCGUGCGUUUUCUUUGGUAUAAAGACAAUGAUCCAACAAAAGAAAUUUGUGUAUAUACAUAUACAACCAUCGUUUUCGGCCAUACAAGCAGUCCAAUGUCUCUUGGUGCUGUGUUGCUUGAACAUUUGCAGAAAUAUAGCCACCCCGUAGCUGUUGAUAUUAGUCAGAAAUUAUACGUAGACAACCUCCUUUCCGGGGCUCAAACCGAGGCUGAAGCCAUUGCUUAUUUCCAUAAAGCGCGCGAAAUAAUGCAUGAAGGUCAUUUCGUUCUACGUCAGUGGUCAACUAAUUCGAAAGCAUUGCAAGACCAAAUCAGUUCUAAUAACACUGGUAUUAAAUCGCAGGCUAUUUCUCUACUAGGCCUACAGUGGGAUGCUUCAAAGGAUUGUAUUAACUUUCCAGUGAAAAAUUUCGAUUCGCCCAUUGAAUCUCUGACAAAACGUAAAGUAUUAAGUAUUGCUAGUCAACUAUUCGACCCACUUGGUUUAGCUUUGCCCGUGUGCAUUCUCGCUCGCCUCUUUAUUGCUGAGCUCUGGGAUGAAAAAUUUGGCUGGGACCAGCCCUUACCCCCUGCAAAAGCGAAAGGCUGGAAAAAUAUCGAACACGAGCUCAAUAUUGCCUCCCGUUUUCAGUUUCCACGAUGGGCAGACUUCGACAAUUCUCGGCCUAUUUAUCUGCAUGUUUUUGCGGAUGCAAGUAAAUCUGUUAUGGGCGCGGUCGCGUACAUAAGUCAGGGAACCCAAUGCACCCUCGUAGGUUCUAAAUCGAAAUUAGCGCCAAGAGGGAAAAAAGGGCUCACAAUUCCUCAACUAGAGUUAAGUGCUAUGUUACUAGGGGCGCAAUUUUGCAACAACCUACUCGCAAUUCUGAAAAAGGAAUUCUCGUGUAUUCACGUUCAUUUGUGGACAGACUCAGAAAUUUCCCUAUACUGGUUGUCAUCUACACGCAAGUUAAAGCAGUUCGUACAAAAUAAAGUAGAUGCUAUCAACAGGCUCUUCGAUUCGUCUCUCUGGGGCCAUACAGCCUCGGACGAGAACCCUGCAGAUAUAGUCUCAAGAGGUUGCUCGGCACAGUCUUUACAAAGAUCACCGCUGUGGAGUCAGGGUCCAUCUUGGAUUACCGAAGAAGCUUUGUGGCCUAAAUGGCCUAAGGCACAGCCGCCCACUAUAACAACACUCAUUGCUGUUGCUGAACAGCAACUCUCCGAAACGUUAAUACGUCCAAGUGUGUGCAACGUUAUCGAGCUAGAGCGUUUUAAUCACUACUCUCGUCUUUUAGCGUCAACCGUUUACGUCCGACGUUUUUGCUCGCGCACAAGGAUAAAGGAACCGCCCUCGACUGCUGAACUCGAAACAGCAGAGCUAGAAUGGAUUCUUUCUCAACAGCAUCAACACUAUGCAACAGUACUUACAUAUUUAACAUCGUCUUCUAGCUCAAGCUUUGAACAUGCACCAGCCAUUGUUCGUCAGCUUAAUUUGUUUCUCGAUGAAAAGGGAAUCAUUCGCACCAAGGGUCGGUUUGAUUUCGACUCUUCAUUGAUUCUUUUGCCGCAGCAUUCACGUUUUACUGACUUGCUGAUUCUUGAUAAUCAUCAACAGUUGCAUCAUAUCGGUGUUGGUGGUACGAUCGUCGCUCUACGCAAAUGUUUCUGGGUACCAAGUGCUCGCUCUGUAACACGCAACCUACUUCGUAAGUGUCUUAAAUGCAAGAGAGUCACUGGAAGACAUUACCCGCUUCCUAUGUCAGCAGAGUUGCCAACAUUUCGCGUGGACACGUCCAGCCGUCCGUUUUCAAACAUUGGUGUUGAUUUUACCGGUCAUUUAAUUGUUAAAGACAUCAAUGGGAACUUUCGCAAGGUGUACAUUUGCCUAUUCACUUGCCUAACUACACGAGCAAUUAGCUUGGAAAUCGUCGAAGACCUUACAACGGAGUCUUUUCUCAUGGCAUUCCGUCGUCAUUGUAGUGUUUUUUCGACACCGCGUUUCAUUUUAGCAGAUAACGCUCUAACAUUCAAACGCGCCGAAAAAGACUUGCAACAAUUACUUUCGCUCUUCGAAACUCAAAGUAUUCAGCACGCCUUUGCUCAAAGACGAAUCGUUUUCCGUUACAUACCCGCGCGCAGUCCCCAUUGGGGCGGUGUCUACGAGAGAUUGAUUGGACUAACAAAAACAUCGCUUAAAAAAGUUCUUGGCCGAUCGCUGAUUACGAUGUCUGAGUUACAAACCCUAAUUAAGGAGAUUCAAGCAGUUUUGAAUGAUCGUCCUCUAACAUACGUCAAUUCUGAUGCAAAUGACUUGCAGCCGCUCACACCUAGCCACUUGCUUUUCGGCUUCAGCAUCACCUCAUUGCCACACCCUUCUGCUGAGGACACAUUGUCAGACCCAACCUAUGGAGAUCAUGAUAACAUCUCAUACGCGCAUCGUCGUCGAUCAGUUCUCUACCAUCACUUUAUGGAUCGUUUCUGCAAGGAAUAUUUAUCGUUUCUCCGCGAAACACAUUCAUUUCACGAUAAAGGCCGUCGUACCUCUUGCAGUACCGUUAAUGUUGGGGAUGUGGUAUUGGUUGCAGACACAGACACCCCUAGACAUCGCUGGCCACUAGGUGUUGUCACUGAACUCAUUGUUGGUGCUGAUUCACUGUGUAGGGCUGCUGUGGUGCGCACAUCAAAGGGAUGUACCACUCGUUCAAUCGUCAAGCUCUAUCCGUUAGAAGUGCAAGCGGGUAGCCAUUCGACUCCAGAAGAAAGCACAGAGAAUAAUGAAGAACAUUCAAACGAAAAUACCCGUCCACAACGCAAGGCAGCCUUCGUAGCAAGAGACGCUAUUCACGCGCAGCUAAUAGACAAUUUACUAGAUUAG